AAGUGCCAGGGCCAGGCCAGGCAGAGGCACAAAGGUGGGAAUGUUGGGGUGCUGGGUGGGCAGACGAGCCAGGUGAGGUCCAGCCUCGGGGCAGGGCUCCAAUAACCCCAGGGUAACCCGGUCUCCUUCCUUCCAGGCCCCGGGCGUGCGCUGGCCGCUGUCAUGCCCUCCGCGUCUUCCGCAGGGCCCUCGGCCGUGGCUGCCCCCAAUGCCACAGCGGCAGCGGCAGCGUGGACCAAUGUCAGCAUGCCGGAGAUGCCCCUGUUCCACCUGUUUGCUGUGCUGGACGGGGAGCUGCACGCCGCCUUCCCGGGCCUGUGGCUGGCGCUGAUGGCCGUGCAUGGCGUCAUCUUCCUGGUGGGGCUGGUGCUCAACGGGCUGGCGCUGUACGUCUUCGGCUGCCGCACCCAGGCCAGGACGCCGUCGGUCAUCUACACCAUCAACCUGGUGGUGACUGACCUGCUGGUGGGCCUGUCCCUGCCCACGCGCUUUGCUGUCUUCUACGGCACCCGCGGCUGCCUGCGCUGCGCCCUCCCGCACGUCUUUGGCUACUUCCUCAACAUGCACUGCUCCAUCCUCUUCCUCACCUGCAUCUGCGUGGACCGCUACCUGGCCAUCGUGCAGCCCGACGGUGGCCGCCGCUGGCGCCAGCCUGCCUGCGCCAGAGCCGUGUGCGCCUUCGUGUGGCUGGCCGCCGGCGCCGUGACCCUGUCCGUGCUGGGCGUGACGGCCACCGGCGGGCCCUGCUGCCGCGUCUUUGCACUGACCGUCCUGGAGUUCCUGCUGCCACUGCUGGUCAUUAGCAUAUUCACCGGCCGCAUCAUGUGUGCACUGUCACGGCCGGGCCUGCUGCGCCAGGGCCGCCAGCGCCGCAUGCGGGCCAUGCAGCUGCUGCUCACCGUGCUCGUCAUCUUCCUCGUCUGCUUCACGCCCUUCCACGCCCGCCAGGUGGCUGUGGCGCUGUGGCCCGACGUGCCGCACCACACCAGCCUCGUGGUCUAUCAUGUGGCAGUGACCCUCAGCAGCCUCAACAGCUGCAUGGACCCCAUCGUCUACUGCUUCGUCACCAGCAGCUUCCAGACCACCGUCCGUGGCCUCUUCCACCAGCAUGGAGCGGGGUGCGAGCCCAACAGCUGCAAUGUGGUCAGCACGCGCAAGAGCUCCAAGAACUCGGCUCACCGUCACAUCCUCGGCGCCAGACCUCGAGCCCUCACGCAGGCCCUGGCUAACGGGCCUGAGGCUUAGUUGGUAGGACUUUGCAAGGGGGCCAAAGGUCAGGGCUGGACUGGACACGCCAGGUCGGGGACAGCACAGAUAUCUGCUCUACUCGGAUGGCAAAUUGGGUUCUGAUCAAUUGGUGAUGGCUGCCCAGUGCACUGCGUGGAGGAAGUGUCUAAGGCCACUGUGCUGUGAUUGAUUAGCAAUGUCUGCCAUGGGCUCUAGAUAGGAUGUGGUGAUCUGAAUGCUGAUAAUUUGCCAUCCCUAAGGUAAAUAUUGUGUCCAUUGAAAACUCAGAGGGGUAGCCAGGAGCUGCUUCUCACUUGGACCAUUCAACCUCUAGAAGGGGUCCCUGAGAAACAUGGACAAAGAUGUUUUAGAUACUGGGAAUUUCAAAGAGGGUUAAAAAGAUAACCUGAAGGGGUUCCCUCCCCACCCCUCCC